GUCCCAAACCAAUCCCACCACAAAGUUAAUCACCUAUUAAUUAACUUAACUCAUCCCAUACACAAUUAACUAUCAUGGGUUCCAUAGCCAACGAGAACAAUGAGACGCCGACGCCGCUGCUGAUCAGCGGCUUCACCGUGACGGUGGUGAAGAAUGAGCUGGUGGCGGCCGCGCUGCCGGUUCAGGAGCAUUGGCUCCCGCAGUCCAACCUCGACCUGCUCGUGCUGCCGUUGGACGUCGGGGUAUUCUUCUGUUACUCCACGGCGCCGGCGGGCGGCAUGGAUGCCGCUGUAGCCGGGCUGAAGAAUGGGCUGGCGCAAGUGCUGGUGUCGUACUACGCCUUGGCCGGCGAGGUGGUGAUGAGCUCCAGCGGGGAGCCGGAGCUGCUGUGCAACAACCGUGGGGUGGAGUUCUCUGAGGCUUACGCCGACGUGGAGCUCAGGGAGCUUGACUUGUAUAAGCCGGACGAAUCCGUUGGAGGCAAGCUUGUUCCUCGUAAGAAGGACGGCGUUUUGGCUGUUCAGGUGACAGGACUGAGAUGCGGGGGAAUCAUGGUGGGAUGCUCGUUCGACCACCGCAUCGCUGACGCUUACUCUUUCAACAUGUUCCUAGUCUCAUGGGCUGAAUCGGCCCGGUCCCAGCCCAUCUCCAUCCACCCUUCGUUUCGCCGCUCUCUGGUCAACCCUCGCCACCCACUGUCCUCCUCGACCCCAAUCCUCGAUGACAUGUACAUCCCAGUUUCCUCCCUCCCGCCGCCAUCCUCCGACGACCCUACCCUAAAAAGCCGAAUAUACCACGUCAAAUCCGAGGAGUUGGUCAAACUACAGGAACUUGCCAACACACAUGGGAACAAGAAUCGUUUCUCGAAGCUGGAGUCAUUUUGCGCAUACCUCUGGAAGCUGGUGGCGAAAUCUGCCCACAAAGACGACGUCGUGUCGAAGUUGGGGAUCGUGGUGGACGGCCGAUCUAGAUUGGGGGACCAGAUGAGGGCAUACUUCGGGAACGUGAUUUCAGUUCCGUACGGGGGGAAGCGGGUGAAUGAGCUGGAUGGGAGCUCGCUGGGCCAGGUGGCCGGUUGGGUCCACGAGUUUCUGGAGCGUGGGGCGAACCGGGAGCACUUCGUGGAGCUCAUUGACUGGGUGGAGGUCCAUAGGCCAGAGCCGACCAUGCCGAAGAUAGUUGGCAUCGGUAGUGCGGAAGGGCCGGCGUUGGUCGUGUCGUCCGGCCGUGGGUUCCCGGUGAGCCGGGUGGAUUUCGGGUGGGGUCCGCCGACUUUUGGGUCAUAUCAUUUUCCAUGGGGUAGCACGGCUGGGUAUGUGAUGCCAAUGCCGAGCCCGAACGGGAAAGGGGAUUGGAUGGUAUACAUGUAUAUGCUCAAAGAGCAGUUGGAGUUGAUUGAGAGAGAGGCUGCCUCUGUUUUUAGGCCCUUCACUUGGGACUAUGUCGUAUGAUUAAGUUUAUACUUAUCGUAAUUUUUAGAACUAAUACCACUACAACACCUGAACUAUAAAAAAAAAAAUAUUGCUUCUGGUACUAAGCAUGUGUUAUGACAAUAUUGUCCAGAACUAUGUGAGUGUCUUCUUCUUUAUGUUCUCAUGUUUCCCGUUGCCAUUAAAAUUAAUAGUUGACUGGAUAAAAGUCAAACCAUGUUUAACUAUCAAUGACAUGACCGAACGUAGGCACUAUGCCAAAAAAAUCAUAUAAAAUAUUAUUUUUCUUAAAGUGUUUAUUUUGCUUUAAUAUUUUUAAUAUAACAUUCAGGUCGGUGUUAUGAGGAUUUCUCAAUAGAAACUCUCGCACACAUACUUUGGAUACAUUAUUCGACGCUCUUGAGUAGAGAAUCCUCUUAGCGAGAUCCUUCGAGUAUUGGGGCUGCGCUACAGUUACAAUACUCCUCGGGGAGGGAUUGGUGGUGGUUCGGUCGUUUCCUACAUCGACACUCUUGGUGAGUUUUGUUGCACUCCUUAAUGUUUCGUCAGGUCCUCAUUCUUUACUGUAGCAAAUCGUAUUGCCUCCCUCACCAUAUCUAGCUUAACACAAUUAAUCCUUUGAGCCCACCAAUGCCUCUUUCUUCCAUCCAUAACAUCAAUUUGCCAAUCUCUCAAAGGUUAAGAGAAAUUCACUCAAAGAUCCCAUUUGUUUUAAUUUGGCGAGAGCCUCGUGACUCGAGGCACUAUCUGAUGACCCAAACCUGACUCAUAACUCCUCUCCAAACCUGGGGCCAACUCAUCAUCAUCCUUGUAGUGACAUAGCUACAGUUCAACCAUUGUCAACAUUAAGUGGAGUCACCUUCCAUGUGAUAAGAUGCUAGUAGCAACUAGCACCAAUAUUGUCAGAACCGAACCGGAAUAUGACCUGAUUAUGUCAACGAUUCACAUUUUAGCAGUCCAAUUGGUACUAAAUCGUUAAAAACCUGUUAGAAUACCGAUAUGUUAUAAACGAUAAUGUCAUAA